GCCUGGGCCAUGUUUGGGAUGGAGGGAGGAGGUGGAGGGAUGGAUGGAGGAGGUGGAGGGUUGAUAAACUCGGGCCGAAGCCGUUCAGACUCUCACUUCUGUCCUGCCCCCACCCCCACGUCCCAGCAGGCCCUGCACUGCCACGUGUGAGUCGGUGUUGUAGUGUUGUUGCUCGUCCACAGCGCCCCCUGCAGUCAUGUGUGAUGAUGAGGAGAGCACCGCUCUGGUCUGUGAUAACGGAUCCGGCCUCUGCAAGGCCGGGUUCGCCGGAGACGACGCCCCCAGAGCCGUCUUCCCCUCCAUCGUGGGCCGGCCCAGGCACCAGGGAGUGAUGGUGGGCAUGGGGCAGAAGGACAGCUACGUAGGUGACGAGGCCCAGAGUAAGAGAGGAAUCCUGACCCUGAAGUACCCCAUCGAACACGGCAUCAUCACCAACUGGGACGACAUGGAGAAGAUCUGGCAUCACUCAUUCUACAACGAGCUGCGAGUUGCUCCAGAGGAACAUCCCACCCUGCUGACCGAAGCCCCCCUCAACCCCAAGGCCAACAGGGAGAAGAUGACACAGAUCAUGUUCGAGACCUUCAACGUUCCCGCCAUGUACGUGGCCAUCCAGGCUGUCCUGUCACUGUACGCCUCCGGACGCACCACAGGUAUUGUCCUGGACUCAGGUGAUGGUGUCACCCACAACGUGCCCAUCUACGAGGGCUACGCUCUGCCUCACGCCAUCAUGAGGUUGGACCUGGCGGGCCGCGACCUCACCGACUACCUCAUGAAGAUCCUGACCGAGCGAGGCUACAGCUUUGUGACCACCGCUGAGAGGGAGAUCGUUCGUGACAUUAAAGAGAAGCUGUGUUACGUGGCGCUGGACUUUGAGAACGAGAUGGGGACGGCGGCCACCUCGUCCUCCCUGGAGAAGAGCUACGAGCUUCCCGACGGUCAGGUCAUCACCAUCGGCAACGAGAGGUUCCGCUGCCCCGAGACGCUCUUCCAGCCAUCCUUCAUCGGUAUGGAGUCGGCAGGAAUCCACGAGACGACCUACAACAGCAUCAUGAAGUGUGACAUCGACAUCCGUAAAGACCUGUACGCCAACAACGUGCUGUCCGGAGGAACCACCAUGUACCCAGGCAUCGCCGACCGUAUGCAGAAGGAGAUCACCGCUCUGGCCCCCAGCACCAUGAAGAUCAAGAUCAUCGCCCCCCCAGAGAGGAAGUACUCCGUCUGGAUCGGCGGCUCCAUCCUGGCCUCCCUCUCCACCUUCCAGCAGAUGUGGAUCAGCAAGCAGGAGUACGACGAGGCCGGUCCGUCCAUCGUCCACCGCAAGUGCUUCUAAAGGAUCCGUCUUCAUCUUCCUUCUUCGGCCCUCCACCAGCACCGUCUUUAUUUUAACCUGCACCGAGCACCGGCUAACAGAUCCCAGAUCAGCUCCCCAAAAACAUCCACACAGGAAGCCGGAGAUUUCUUUGGUAUUUGGGAAGAUGCUAAAAAUCCCUUCCUAGUUAAAUAUUGGAAAAAAAAAAAAGGGAAGCGAUGUUGUGUUUUGUACCUUCGGGUGUUUUUGGAGAUCUGAAUCUUUUAAGAAUUCAAAGCGUCCAUCAGGACGUCUUCAGCCCAAACAUCCUCCCUCUCUGUUCACCUUAAAACUGUGAAUGUGCCGCUUGUCCUCCAUCUUUAAACACCCCCCCCCCACCCCUCCCUCUCUCACCCUCGCUCCACCUGUAGCCCCGCCCCCUCUGUCCUCCAUGUUGGUACCGUGUCCUGUCAAGAAGUGUGUUUUUAUUUUUUUGAUGAAUAAAGCUUGAAUGUCGCCCGCUGGUGUUGUCUUCCAUCACUGGGGAGUGAAGCACAUUCAUGUCGAGACGACGUCACGCGGCGUCACGAUGAUGUCACACAUUGUUACGAUGAUGUCACUGUUGUUGAACUCUGGGUAGGUGAAUGGGGGGAGGUGGGGGGGCGGGGGGUUCGGUGGCCUCUGUAUUAGAAGCAUGGUAAGAAAGGAAAAGGUUGGCGUGUGAUGUGAUGUGACGUGAACAACUUGUAGGUGACAGUCGAUUUGCCCCCAGGAAGAAAAUAAAGAGCUCAUACAAGAAAA